CAGACGAUAAGCAAAUGGAAAUGAUAAAGAAAGCUAUGGCAGAAUAUGAAUCAAAAACUUGCAUCCGUUUUGUCGAGAAGGAAGAAGACGAUAAAGAUUUUGUCCUCAUCUUCGCUGGCAGAGGGUGCUAUUCCAAGGUUGGUAGAACAGGAGGAAUCCAAGUCCUUUCUUUCUCAAAAGGCUGCUUUCAACAUCCUACACUUGUGCAUGAAUUGGGACACACCAUUGGCUUCUUUCAUGAACACACUCGUUCCGAUAGAGACGACUACCUAAAUAUUCACUGGAGCGCAAUCAUGGAUAGUGCUAAAGAUCAAUUUUAUAAACUAAGCCCCUCUGAAAACAGACUCUUGGACACUUUCGACUAUGACUCUAUAAUGCUCUACGGAGAAAGAACUUUCUCAAAGGAUGGUUGGACAAAGACCAUGACAGCUAAAGAAAGAGGAAGAAAACUUGUGGAUGUUUAUGACAAAAAAGGACUCAGUAACAGCGAUAUAAGAAGAAUUAAAAAACUUUAUGAAUGCAAAUGAUUGGAAGAAAUAAAAAUUCGUAUCUUGAUAAUAAUACUGUUAAAUCCCUUAUUAAAUGUGAAUUAUAAAAAAUAAAAAUUUUUGAUGAAUUGGAAAA